UGACGUAGUUUGUUUGGCACGCGCGCGCGGCCGGCCACCAUGUGCUCGGUUUAUUCAGGCAGCGUCGGAUAUAAAAGUCCUUAAAGUGAUGCUGUGGUUUUUUAAAAACAUGAAUUAGAGCAGGUUCUGAAACAUUCACGCGGUUUUAUAAAGAGAGUUUAUCCAGAAUAGUAACGAAACCGCUGCUCGGGCCGAGCGGAGGCGGUCGGGGCACAUGUCCGGACUUGUUUCGGUAGCGGGGGGCAGCAUGGACAACAAAUUCCCGGCUCAGCUUUUCCCACAUUUUUACCUCGACGGACCGCCGGAUUUGAAGCCGUUGCACCUUUACGGUGGCUGGGGCUCCUACGGACAAGUGCUGCGGGCAAUCUCCAAAACAGCUCAGACGCCAUGGGAGUUUCAGGCCCAGCAUGUGGCAGAGGGAGAGAUGUGGGUCCCUGUCGAGCCGGUGGUGACGCCGCUUCUGCCGCCCAAUGCAGCUGCCAAGAUCUUCUCGGGCCCACCAGUCAGUCCAGAUGAUUUCCCUGAGCAUAUGCAGCAUUUCUAUGUGCAUCACUGUAAGGAUUCCUUCUUUACGAUGGGCCAGCUGCUUGGAGAACACUUUAACUUUGGAAGAAAGUGGUGUAAGGAUCGCAUCAAAAUGGGAAGGAUGCAUAAGUUUGUGGACUGCUUAAAAUACAAGAAGUGUGAGUUGGAACAUACUUUGGAGCGCGUGCCCCGCUAUCACAACCUACUGAAGGAUGUUGUCUGUGAUAUUCCAUCAGCUCUCCUGGCUGAGCUUCUCCAUGAGGAGUUGACUCUCCAGAAGGACCUGGAGGAAUUCCAGCCCAGCACCACCGGAGGCGCUCUAGGCUACUUUCCUCUGGAGGACUUUGAAGGCCAGAAAGAGGCCUGUCUCGUCUAUCCCAGAGGAGAAGCUCUCGACUCUCUGAAUUUCCACAGAGUGGUGCUGGAAUUCAAUGAUGGCAAACCUCCCUUUAUGAACAUGGAAAAUGCACCCCUGGUGUUUAAACUGAAUGGAUCGGUCAGACAGAUCAGCACGGCCAGAGUGGAUGAUGAAGCUACCAUCGGGGUGCGUUUGGAUCAUUUCUGUGGUGUGUGGAUGAUGAAAGAUGGUCAACGUCCACGACCGUUGCAGGUGAUCCAGCUGGAGGAGUGCUGCACCAGCAUCAGCGUCAGUCCUCAUGUUCGUGCAGAACUUGUUGUGGCCACUGAAAGCGGAGCAGCUUAUCACUGGACUGUGGGAAGCCGGCCUCAGAAGUUUCGUGAUGAGCGCUCAAACCUGUACUUCAAUGCUAAGUCGUUGUGGCGAUGGUGUGAGUUCUCGGCACACCCAAGAGUGAUGGUUUUUGCUGACAGGACAGGAGCGGAGCUCACGGACAGCAGGAGCAGUGACUGUUCUCAUACACUUUUCCGGAUUGGGAAGACGGCUGGCUGUAAAAGCGGAGAGAGGGUGUUUUUAGCCAAAUAUCUGGGCCAGGGUCACGCUCACCACCACCUCAUCGCAACACAGUUCUCUGCGUAUGUCAUGGAUGAGCGAAUGCCGAGUGUUCCUGCGCUGAAGUGGGAGCACAUGAUGGAGUCCCCUCCAUGUUUUGCCCAAAUUGUGCCAGCACUGGACUCGAAAGGCACCUCCAAAAUUCUGUUGGGAGCGCAGAAAGCGCAGGAGACUAUGCUGCUGCAGUACUCAGGGGGGCGUGAAGAGCCGUGCCGGGCACACGGCCCGGUUCAGAAGCUCUGCAGUCCGUGCGAGAGCCUGACGAUUCGGCAGCUCCCCCACAGGCAGCACAAAGUGAAGGAGAGGCUGGCAGUGCCCGCUGCAGGUCUAGCAGCAGCCCAGAAUGAAGGCUUCCUCUCUGUGUUCCAGCUCACAGGAGCUGGAGACAUAUUCUGCCAGAUGCUGAAAUUACAUUCGGACACCCAUCCAGAGCCGUCCCGCAACAUAGAUUCAGUAGAAUCGCUAUCCAACCUGAACUCGCAAUCUACACAGGUUUCUGAGGGACAGGAAGAAUCAGCAGAGGAAACUAAAAAAGAGGGUAAAGAGCAAGAAGUGUCUGACAGCGAGUUGUUUUCAGACAGUGAUUCUGAACGAGAGCAAUAUCAGCAGAGGCUAAGCCAAGUAGAAGUGGUCGUCAACGAUGAGCGGGAUUCCCACGCUUCCGACGCAGAGGAAGGGAUUAGCCGUGAACCCUCUUCUGUCCCGGACUCAUCCAUGCGUUCAGCCCAGAUCAACAGUGCUCGUCCAGUGAGGCCAGCGAGCCCAGAGACCGCAAGCAAGGAACUAAAGCUAAUCUGGAAAAAGUGGCUGGCAUCUCUUCUGGUUGAGGCCACUGCAAAGGAGCAUUGCUUAGAACACUGGCAACUCAGGACCAGAGAUAUGAUGCGGUUUAAGGUCAAAUACAGAGACAGGCUUGAGGAGGAUCAGUUCCUGAGCCUGAGGAAGGAUCUGACCGACGCCAUGAAGAAUAGACAGCUGCUUAUUCACAAGGGCACCUACCUGCCUCCUCUGGAAGUUGCCCCUCUUCCAGAAGCAGUGGACCCCUCGGACUGGCCAGAUGAUCUGAGCCAGCGGCUGACUGCCUCUUGGGGGGGUGACUGGAGUAACUGGUGGGAUGAGAAGCUUGGCCUGAACCGGGACACCAAGAUCGAGGCUCUGCGCAGAAAACGCAGGCAGGAGAAGCGAGCCAAAGCCCGAAACCGGGUGGCGCUUUCCGGAAGCUUCACCUCAUCCGUCAGCUAUCAGGACGAUCUUUCCGGGUGGUCUUCGGGCACAAGCCAGUAUCUUGGUUCGGACGGGGAGAGCUUCGUGAAUUCACAGAGCGCUGCAGAGGAUACCGCGCUGUCAGAACCUGAGACGCUUCCCAAGAGCCCAGUUACUCAGAGAAGACCUACAAGUCAGGCCACCGAGCGGUCGUCACCAGAAUCCUUUAAAUCUUUGAGAAGUUCUCCAAGUAAACCACAAGAGCAGGACUCUGCCAUGGUCAUUUCCCAGUCUCAGAACCAGGAACAAGGGCAGGCCCCUACUGUUGAGACUGACUCUUUGUUUUCUUCCUCGAAAACAGCGUUGAAACCAUCGCUGUCCAGCCAGCAGAAGCCAAAGCUGUGGCAGCAACAGGACUACCUCAGCUCUCUGUUCGGCUCUCAAGAGCCGUCGCAGGAUCCUGGACAGGUCGACGACGGCAGCUUGCCUGUUCACUCGGCUGCAGCCAUGUCGCAGCGCCUCGGUUCAUCGUAUUCGUUGCGGCGUCCAUCCCAACCCAGGGCGUCUUCACAGGCCUCCCAGCCUCAGAGGAAGAAGUCUCGAAUGGGAUUCUGAAGUGGUGAGCGUUUUACCUCUCGCUCUCGUCCCAGCUGGCCUCUGGUAUGGUUGGCAGGUCGGGGACGCUGUAGUAGCUGCUGUGGAGGUUCUGGGCGGUUCGGCGAGAAACGAUCCACACCAGCUUCCUGUGGUCCGGUUUGGAGCACUCUGGGGAGGAGUACUGCAUCAGGCACUGUCCCACCAGCCCUCUCCACCUCUGGAGCUCCGGCUCAGAGAUCUACACAUACACAGACACCACCAGGAGAGACGCGCUGGGUUACAUAACAUAUAGGGGCAGGAAAGUUCCUGGUAACCUACACUCACUCAGUCUAUGGGAGUAAACUGAUAGACCACUCUACAGCUCUGCCAUGCCUAAGGGCUCAGUAUGGCUCCCGUGACGUUACAGAGCAUGCCAGUAAUGCUUCGUGCCCCAGAGGAUGCUUAGAUAUAUUUUUAGAGGCAAGUCUGAGUGAACUUGAGGAGCUUGCAUCACAACCAGGGGUCAAAGACAGACUUAAAUGUUUGCCCUACUUUUUCUGUUCUGAAAUGUUUGGCAGAAGCUUUUUUUUUCCACUCACAUAUAAUUAAACUGAAAUCAUGAUCGUAAGACCAUGAUUGUCAUAUACCGAAUUAAAAA